AUGAUGAUGAUGAUGAUGAUGAGUGGUGAGUUUGAGUUGCGUUCAGGUGGCUUGAUGCGGCUGGGGCCUGGCCUGGGCUGUUCGAUCACCACCACCACCCUAUAUUCCAACGGUCAACUACCAAGAACCUCCACCAUAUCAACACCAUCGAAGGAUGCCAGACUCAAGUUAUCCGCACUCGACCCGCAAGCAACUAAGGAAAACAUCGCGACUGUCGAAUCUCUUGGGCUCAAACCUACCCCCAUCGACCCCCCAAAAACUGAAAUCGUCGAACCUGAUGCCGCUUCUACCAUCGAAGCUAAUGAAGCUAAAACUAAAUCAAAAGCCUCCGAGUUACUCGAGAACCUCUCACAUCAAGUCGAGAUUAAACUAGCAGACCAACAAGCCGACCCCAACUCACCCCUCUACUCUGCCAAAUCAUUCGAGGAUCUCAAGCUUGAUCCAGCCCUUUUGAAAGGUCUUUAUCGAAUGGGCUUUCAAAGACCUUCGAAGAUCCAGGAACGCGCCUUACCACUAUUACUCCAAAACCCUCCGAGGAAUAUGAUUGGCCAAUCGCAAUCCGGCACGGGAAAAACGGCGGCCUUCGUACUCACGAUGCUUUCGAGAGUCGAUGUCUCUCAGAGCUGUCCCCAAGCGAUCUGUGUCUGUCCUUCCCGAGAAUUGGCCCGUCAGAUCAUGGAUGUCGCCGAACAGAUGGGACAGUAUGUUACCGGAUUGACUAAGCGGUUGGCGAGUAAAGAUACCCUUGAACGCGGCGAAAAGAUCACUGAACAUAUCAUCGUUGGAACUCCUGGUACAAUUAAAGAUGCUUUAACUUCUCAUCGAAUUUCUGGAACUCGAGAGUCGGUGAUCGAUCCUAGUGGGAUCAAAGUUUUAGUAGCAGAUGAGGCAGAUGUAUUGGUAGGAACAGGAUCAUUAGGAGAACAAACGAUUGGAGUAAAAAAUGCGAUCACUCGUAGUAACAACACCGUGCAGAUCGUCUUAUUCUCGGCUACUUUCCCCGAACACGUUCGGAAAUAUGCCUCUAAAUUCGCCCCGAACGCUAAUGAGAUCAAGCUAAAGAAAGAUGAAUUGACGCUAGAAGGCAUCAAACAAUUCUACAUGGAUUGCAACGAUGCAGAACAUAAGUACGAAGUGCUUGUGGAGCUAUACCACUUAUUAACAGUCGGCCAGUCGAUCAUCUUCGCCCAGGAGAGACGGACGGCGGACGAGAUUGCGCAUCGAAUGAACAAGGAUGGACACAAGGUGGCCGUGCUGCAUGGGGCACAGAUGGGCGAAGGACGGGACCAGACGAUCGAUGAUUUCCGUGAAGGUCGGAGUAAAGUGUUGGUGACUACUAAUGUGGUCGCCAGAGGAAUCGAUAUCUCUCAAGUCAACUUGGUGGUCAAUUAUGAUUUGCCUAAAGAUCCUCAUAAAGGCGCAGAUGCUGAAACAUACUUACACCGAAUUGGAAGAACUGGGAGAUUCGGGCGCAAGGGAAUUUCGAUAAAUUUUAUUCACGAUCCAAGAAGUUAUCAAGAUAUGAUGAAGAUUAAGGAUGAAUUACAAAUCUCAGAUGAGCAACUAGUUAAAGUAGAUACCAAAGAUUUCGAUGAUAUGGAGAAAACCCUGAAAGCUGCACUGAAAGCUUAA